AUGACGAAACACCACCUGAUGUGCGGCACGUGGGUGAAGCCUGGCGUCAUCAUCACCGUCUCCUUCGACACGGAGACGCUGAAGCUCGAGCUCGUGAAGAAGACGGAGAUCCCGCACGAUGAGCCGAUCAGCUGGAUGGCCUUUGACCAUCAACGCAAGAACAUCUACGGCUCUUCCAUGAAGCGCUGGACCUCGUUCCGCGUCGACUCGCCCAGCGAGAUCGUGCAGACCGGCAGCCAUCCCUUGGGCGGCCACCCCCGCGCAAACGACGCCGACACCAAGACACGUGCCAUCUUCAACCUGCCCGCCAAGCAGCCGCCGUACGCCGUGUACUGCAACCCUUUCUACGAGCACGCGGGGCACGGCAAUGUCUUCUCCGUCGACGACUCGGGCGCGCUGAAGGAAAACUUGCAGAACUACGAGUACUGCGAGAAAACGGCGAUCCACGGCAUGGUCUUUGACCCGUCCGAGACGUACCUCUACAGCGCCGACAUGUGGGCGAACCGCAUCUGGUGCCACAAGAAAGUCGACGCCGCGGGGCGCAUGGAGACAGUCGGAUACACCGAGGCGACGCAGCCCAAAGACCACCCGCGGUGGGUGGAAAUGCACCCCAGCGGACACUUUCUGUACGCACUGAUGGAGGGCGGCAACAGGCUGUGCGAAUACGUCAUCGACCCGCAGACAAAGCUGCCCGUGUACACGCACAAGACGUUCCCGCUAAUCCCCCCGGGCAUCCCGGACCCAGACACGCAGUACAGAUCCGACGUUGUCUUCCUGAACAGCAGCGCCACGUACCUGUUCGCGACGAGUCGGUCCAACACGCCCAAGACGCUGCCGGGCUACAUCGCGGCGUUUAAGAUGGCACCGAGCGGCGCCAUAGAGAGACAGUGCUUCUUGAACCCGACGCCCACGUCCGGCGGGCAUUCCAACGCCGUGUCGCCGUGUCCGUGGUCUGAUGAGUGGCUGGCGCUGACCGAUGAUGACCAGGGUGGGAUUGAGAUUUACCGCUGGAAAGACGAGUUCCUGGCCCGCGUCGCGCGUCUGGACGUCAAGGAGCCCGGGUUCGGCAUGAAUGCGAUUUGGUACGAUUAG